GGGAGACAGAAAGAGGGAAGUGGUGACAUACAAGAGGACAGGAUCCCACUGUAGUGUGGGAUUACGGACACAUACCGACUGCUAAUGAAUUAAAAAGUCACUUGUUUCUUUCUGGAGAUCAGGAGCUUCAAAGGACGGUGUACCUCAAACCUGGUGGAUAUUAAUAAGAAGAGGUGAUGAAGCAUUUCUCUGAAGCAGUCUGACAGGAUGGCAUCACAGGAGAAGGAGCCUCCCCCAAACCGAGGUCCAACAGAUAGCCGUCUUAAGAGUAAGAAGCCACCCAGCCUAGUAAUCGCCAUUCCCCCUCCUGAAGUGACCAUGUCCCAUGACCCUGCAAAACAGCCACUGCGGCCAUCCCUGAAAAAAAGUGACAGUGGUCAAGCAACUGCUUCGAUGUCGGAGAGCACGAGUGGAGCCGGAGAGCAAGGGUUCUUAUCCAGAGACAGAAGAUCGAAGCUUGGACGACAAACAUCGUUGUCUCAGAGUAUCCGCAGGAACACAGCGCAGUGGUUUGGUGUCGGGGAAGACUCUGAGACCAAGCAGCAGGUAUGGCACAGGAAAAGCCUGCGUCACUGCAGCCAACGCUAUGGCAAACUGAAGGCCCAGUAUAGAGAGCCGGACACAGCCACCAGCUUCGACCAGGGCCUGGACUCACCAGCCACACACAAGAUGCCAAAGAUUAGGGAUCCCCUGGCCCGAGGAAGAGCCUUCCGUUGUCCUGAUGAGGUGGACAGUCGCUCUCCUAGGACACCCCACGCCACUCCUCAGGGGGCUCCCAUCACUCCGGGGGUCACCUCACUCAGCUCCUUCACCAGCCAGCGCUCCGGUUAUAGCCGCUUCCCCAGACGCAAGAGGGAGUCUGUCGCCCGGAUGAGCAUCCGAGCUGCAUCCAACCUGCUGAGGGGUCGCAGUGGUUUGGCCGGAUCUCUGACAGGCCGCAGUUUCCCCAGGAGGAGUUUUGCCAGGCCCAGCUGGAUGGACGAGGACACUGUGGACUCUGCAGACACGUCCCAGUCACUCUUUUUUAGCAAGGUCGAUGCCCAUGAUGAGCUGUAUUCAAUGGCCGACGAUGUCUUUGAAUCUCCACCCAUUUCAGCAUCUUUGGCUCCCUGCGAGCAGCCUGACCAAAAGUUCCCAAGCCUUAAGGACAUAUCUCGGACGCCCAGGACACCAACAGCAGUGCCUGAAAAAGGCUACCACCCUCGCCGGGGACGUCGCAUCGCCUCCCAAGUAAAGCACUUUGCGUUCGACAAACAUAAGCGUCAGUAUGGAAUGGGUGUUGUGGGGAAGUGGUUGAACCGGCACUACCGACGCAGCCUGAGCAGCAAUGUCCAAAAGCAGCUGGAGGACUUUCACAGCCACAGGCCGUACUUCACCUACUGGAUCACAUUUGUCCAUAUCGUAAUCACCCUGCUGGCCUGCUGUACUUAUGGUUUUGCCCCUGUGGGGUUUGCACAGCACUCAACCACUGAACUGGUGUUGAAGAACAAAGGCAUUUAUGAAAGUGUCAAGUUUAUUCAACAAGAGAACUUCUGGAUUGGUCCUAGAUCUGAGGACCUGAUCCACCUGGGGGCAAAGUUUUCGCCAUGCAUCCGUCAGGAUGAGCAGAUAGUCAGUUUGAUCCAGAGGGCCAGAAACUUGGAGAGAGAGUCUGGCUGCUGCGUUCAGAACGACAACUCCGGAUGUGUGCAGACCCUCAGAUCCGACUGCUCUGAGACACUGGGCACAUACAUUAAAUGGAACAAUGAGCUUGUAGACUUCAACAUCAGCAGGUCUUCUGGUUCUGUCUGUCACCAGGAUCCCAGAGUGUGUGAGGUGCCUGCCUCUCAACCGCCUCAUACGUGGCCAGAUGACAUCACCCAGUGGCCGGUGUGCACAGAUCGCAAGACGGGGAACCAAACAGGUUUAAGACACAUGGACUGUAAAAUCAAGGGGCGGCCAUGCUGUAUAGGAACUAAGGGCAGAUGUGAGAUCACCACUCCGGACUAUUGCAAAUUCAUGCAUGGUUAUUUCCAUGAAGAGGCCACACUUUGUUCACAGGUCCACUGUCUGGAUGACGUGUGCGGGUUGCUGCCCUUUCUUAAUCCCGAUGUUCCCGAUCAGUUCUACCGUCUGUGGCUCUCUCUCUUCCUCCAUGCUGGGCUCUUUCACUGUGCGGUGUCAGUGGUGUUCCAGAUGACCAUACUGAGGGACCUGGAGAAACUGGCAGGUUGGGUCCGCAUCUCCAUCAUUUACAUCCUCAGUGGCAUUACUGGAAACCUCGCCUCUGCCCUGUUCCUGCCCUACAGAGCUGAGGUGGGUCCUGCAGGCUCUCAGUUUGGUCUCCUUGCCUGUCUGUUUGUUGAGCUGUUACAAGGAUGGCAGAUGCUGGAGAAGCCAUGGAAAGCCUUCUCCAAGCUGGUGGGCAUUGUCCUCUUCCUCUUCAUGUGCGGCCUCCUUCCCUGGAUCGACAACAUCGCUCACAUCUUUGGCUUCCUCAGCGGCUUGCUGCUGUCCUUCGCGAUCCUGCCUUAUGUCACCUUUGGGACUUUCGACAUGUACCGGAAGCGUAUCCUCAUUGUUGUGUCGCUGUUGGUCUACAUUGGGCUGUUCUCAUCGCUCAUCGUUUGGUUUUACAUUUACCCGAUUAACUGGCACUGGCUGGAGCAUCUCACAUGCCUGCCCUUCACAAGCAAGUUCUGUGAAAAAUACGAUAUUGACCAUAACAUUAACGAUGUGGUUCACUAGUCACCAGUCUCCAUGUCAAAUAUACAAACACUGUCAGUGGUACUGAUCCAUUAGUUUCUAGCCAAUGUCCAGGUCAGUUGGCCUUUUUGAAAAAACGGCCGUCAUGGUCUUUAGUCUCCAAGACCUGGUCAAAGUCCAUAUGAAAGGGAAACUGAAUCAGACUUUUCAGCCUGCUGAUUUGCUUAGUGCUUACUUCUACAAAACCUUUAAUCCUCAGUCACUCUCGCAUUUUAAUUUGCUUCUGAGCUCGAAGAUCAUCAGAACCAGAAGACAGAAAAAAAUACUCAGGAUGUAAAAACUGCUGAAAGGACCUAAAGGGAAAUGUUAACAUACCAACAAAUAGUUCUGAUCUUUCACUUUCAUAACCAAUCACAUCAGUAUAAAGAAGAAAUCCUGGCAGCCUCAGGUCCGCAAUAGCUUCUCGCCUUAAAUUCUAUGGACUGCAAGCGGAUUGAUGUCAUAGCGGCUAAUAAGGAUUUCAUGUUGCUGCUUAAAUUGAGACACAUCAGACGAUUCUCCUUCUUCUGUGACACACGCGACGUCACAGAAUCUUCCAACAUGUUAUGCCUUUAGUGGCGGCAUGGAAGCAGACCAGCGAGAAUCAGCCCACACUGGAGGACCACAACGUCAGGCUGGUAUAUCUAUGGCUUUAACACCGCAGAGGAUGUUAUUCAGUGCUGCAUUUU